GUGCCUCUAGUGAUGACCGCCGCGCAAUGUGCGAUUGUGUAUGUAAGAUAUGUAACAAUUGACACUACAUUACCGGUAAUAGCGAUACCGGAGUAAUGUCCGAGUAAAGAUGUUCUUAUGCACGUCUCAUGAUGGUGGGGGCAGUGUGUAAGCAUUAGCCGUACGUUCCCGAGUUCCUAUCAGACAUUCGGAUUGAGUCUGAGAAUAUAUUUCAGAGAUUGACAGAGAGUUUGCCGGGACUGACUCGACGGUAGCAGUACCAACGCAGAUAUAAAGUUUAGUCAGUGCAUGUAUGAACACAAACCAGAGUUCUUUCAACAUGGCAACUUUUAUCCUCACUAUCCCUGCCUGGAUCGCGCGUCUACUAGGGGCACAGUUGGCCCCGGGUCAGCGCAAUAUGAUUGUCUGUGGACAUAUAAUGGCUGGGGGAUCAGCGACCGAUACCUGUGAUCAACCUCCGAAGAAAAUCUUCAUACCUAACAUUCUCACAAACUGGCCGUUUCCCCGUCGUCUCAAUCAGCAUCAUUCCAAAGUCCGUGCCGAAUCAUCUGCCUGGCUUGCAAGCUUUAAAGCCUUCAGCCCCAAAGCACAAAAAGCCUUCGAUCGCUGCAAUUUUGGUCUCCUUGCAUGUUUAUGCUACCCAAACGCGCGCGAAGAACAUGUUCGCAGCGCUUGCGAUUUGAUGAAUCUUGGAUUUUUUAUAGAUGAAGUGUCUGAUGUCUCGAAAGAAGAUAAAGUCCGUCAACAAAAGGACAUUAUAAUGGAUGCUCUGCACUACCCUCAUAAGCCACGCCCUGAAGGAGAAUGGAUCGGUGGAGAAGUCACUCGCCAAUUCUGGGAGCGUACUAUACUUAACGCUAGUGAUCAAUCGCAGAAGCGGUUCAUCACGGCAUUCAAUAAAUGUCUAGAGGGCGUCCUGCAGCAAGCCAUCGACCGAAGCAGACAUCACAUUCGUGACAUUCAAAGUUAUUUUGAAGUGCGCCGCGCGACAAUCGGAGCAUGCCCUGGGUUUGCCUUCUUGGAGCUGGGUCUCGAUAUCCCGGAUGAAGUAAUUUUGCACCAAACAAUUGAGAAUAUGGUGGUAGCAUCCACUGACAUGAUCACUCUCGCUAAUGACAUCAUGUCUUACAAUGUAGAACAAGCGUGCGGAGAUGAUGGUCACAAUAUAGUAACAAUUGUCAUGCACGAGCUUAAUACGGAUGUCAAUGGCGCCAUGUUAUGGGUGGCGGAUCGCCAUACAAAACUCGAGAAGAAGUACUUCGAGGCCGUGGCAGCCAUUCCGAAAUGGGGAGAACCCAUCGACUCGCAGGUUAGAGAGUACUGUGAUGGCGUGGGAAACUGGGUGCGUGCCAACUACGAUUGGUGCUUCGAGAGCGAGAGGUACUUUGGCACCAAUGGUCUGGAAGUUCAACGCAAUAGGUGGAUUUCGUCGAUGCCAAAGGAUCGCUUGAAAAGCUGCGAAAAGAUUUAACCUACGCUUGUUAAUGGACUGAAGAGAUUUUGACUAUUAGUAUGACGUGACGUUCUUGAUCAGCCUUAAGCUGUUCGCCCGUCUCAUAUGUUUUUUCUCCGCAUCCCACGCACGAUUCCCCUUCCUAUGUACCGAUCAAGAUUUGUUAGGUCUAGCACAUGUUGCUAUUACCACAAUCCCAAUUGCUGCAGAAGUUAUAGACCUUCCGCUCCUGCAACUAAGCUAAGAAUGCGAGACAUUCUUACUGUGUGUCGUGUUGGAACUUGGAAGGAGCCUUCAGGGUGACAAUUUCGGGGUAUGAUAUUAAAGGACGAGUGAGCUAAGUGUGUUAGAACAUGGCUCUCAUGUUCACCGCAGAUACGAAUACGAAGAAGAGAAUAUGACUCAUUCAAUGACCAGCUGAGCGAGUGCGA